AUGUCUCAACACGGAGUCCACGCCGACAUCCUCAAGCGUGAGGCGCAAACUGGCGCCCCCCGCGAGCACUUCCAAACCUCCGACGCCAACGACUUUGCGUCGGCCAAGGAGACUGCGCAGUCUACGUUUUCCGACCAGCGCCAAGCUCAGGAGCCGGGCAGCUUUGGGCAGGCAGAACGAUUCAACGCUAGCGAGAUCGAGGGUUCGCGGAAGCAACCGACGUUGACUGAGAGACUGCAAGCAGGCGCUUCCAUAGUGACUGGCAGCCAGAGCCAGGAGAAGGGUGGGCAGCGCCAGGUGCCGGUAAGUAACGUUGCUCUGAAGGCUUCGCAGGCAGCGACUCAGACUAACCCCUUAUAUAGACUGGAGAGAAGUUCUGAUCUCGUGAAAUUAGUUGACAGUAGAAUCGCAAAUGUAACCAUAGCACCCACGCGGUGUAUUAUGACUUCACAUACAAUGCCGCAUCUUGUCUAA